GCGAGGGCAAUGUCGAGGGCACCACUCUGCUCUAUGUUGUUGCUUUCCCUGCUCCUCCUCUUCUCCGCCUACAACGCCCCGUCCUCCGCCAUGGACUGCAACCCCGACGACCGUGACGCGUUGCUAAUGGUCAAGGCGGAGCUCGGCCACCCCGUCCGGCUGUCCUCGUGGCUACCGUCCACCAACUGUUGCGCGUGGGACCCCGCAGUGUUCUGCAACCAGGCCGGCCGCAUCACGGGGCUGGCCCUCUUCUCCCUCGGUGCCGUCUCGACGCCCGUGCCGACGGCGCUCGGCGAGCUCACCGCGCUCGAGAUCCUCCAGGUCGACUCCGUCCCCGGCCUUUCGGGCCCCAUCCCGGCCUCCUUCGGCAACCUCACGCGUCUCCUCGACCUCGACAUCAACGGCACCUCCAUCUCCGGGCCCGUGCCGAGCUUCCUCGCCGGCGCCACCAACCUCAGCACGCUCGUCAUUGCCAACAGCAAACUCGCCGGGCCCAUUCCCGGGUCCCUGGCCAGCCUCCCCAACCUCAGGUACGUGGACCUCAGCGGCAACAUGCUCACCGGCGCCAUCCCGCGGGGGCUGCUGCACGGGAGCUUCAGGUUCUUGCUCCUUUCCAACAACCAGCUCACCGGGGAGAUACCGGCGGACUACGGCGACGGCGACGUCGACACGCUCGACCUCUCGCACAACUGGUUCACCGGCGACCCGUCGCCGUUCCUGUUCGACAUCACGAAGCCGACCGUCAAGAUCGACCUGUCGUGGAACGAGCUCGAGUUCGACAUGACGGAGGUCAGGUUCCCUCACCACCUCAGGUUCCUGGACCUGAGCCACAACAGGAUCAGGGGAGGUGUGGCCAAGUCGCUGAUGGACGUCAAGCUCGAGCACUUCGACGUCAGCUACAACGACCUCUGCGGCGAGAUCCCGGCGGGGCGGUUCAUGUCGGAGCACGGGGCUGAUUGCUACGCGCACAACAAGUGCCUGUGCGGCACGCCGCUGCCUCCCUGCAACAGCACGGGCAUGUCGUCAUGA